AUGACGGGGAAAGCGGGGGAAGCGCUGAGCAAGCCCAAAUCCGAGACAGUGGCCAAGAGUACCUCGGGGGGCGCCCCGGCCAGGUGCACGGGGUUCGGCAUCCAGGAGAUCCUGGGUUUGAACAAGGAGCCCCCCAGCUCCCAUCCGCGGGCUGCCCUCGACGGCCUGGCCCCCGGGCACUUGCUGGCGGCGCGCUCCGUGCUCAGUCCCGCAGGAGUGGGCGGCAUGGGGCUGCUGGGGCCCGGGGGGCUCCCCGGCUUCUACGCGCAGCCCACCUUCCUGGAAGUGCUGUCCGACCCGCAGAGCGUCCACUUGCAGCCGCUGGGCAGAGCGUCGGGGCCGCUGGACACCAGCCAGACGGCCAGCUCGGAUUCUGAAGAUGUUUCCUCCAGCGACCGAAAAAUGUCCAAAUCGGCUUUAAACCAGACCAAGAAACGGAAGAAGCGGCGACACAGGACAAUCUUUACUUCCUACCAGCUAGAGGAGCUGGAGAAGGCAUUCAAUGAGGCCCACUACCCAGAUGUCUAUGCCCGGGAGAUGCUGGCCAUGAAAACGGAGCUGCCAGAGGACAGGAUACAGGUCUGGUUCCAGAACCGCAGGGCCAAGUGGAGGAAACGGGAGAAGUGCUGGGGCCGGAGCAGCGUCAUGGCGGAGUACGGGCUCUACGGGGCCAUGGUGCGGCACUCUAUCCCCCUGCCAGAGUCCAUCCUCAAGUCCGCCAAGGACGGCAUCAUGGACUCCUGUGCCCCGUGGCUGCUGGGGAUGCACAAAAAGUCGCUGGAGGCAGCAGCGGAGUCGGGGAGGAAGCCCGAGGUGGAGCGCCAGGCCCCGCCCAGACUCGACAAGAUGGAGCAGGAGGAGCGGGGCCCCGACCCUCCAGCGGCCAUGUCCCAGGAGGAACUGAGAGAGAACAGCAUUGCGGCGCUCCGAGCCAGAGCUCAGGAGCACAGCACCAAAGUGCUGGGGACUGUGUCUGGGCCCGACAGCCUGGCCGGGAAUGCCGAGGAGCCAGAGGAGGAGGAGGCCAUGGACGAAGACAGGCCAGCGGAGAAGCUGAGUCCACCACAGCUUGAGGACAUGGCUUAG